UUAUUUUUUUGUCGUCACCCCUGCUGAUGACUCAUCCGAACGGAGCAUACAUUUUAACGUUACGUUAUGAUCAUGGGAAAAUGGCGAAUUCGUGUUCGAUAACGUUCAAUAUAGUACCUACAAUAUUUUAGAAUUUAUGAGCUUAUACCUUUAUACGGGUUUUCUGCAUGGCAUGAUAUUAGUUGAAGCAAGUUUAGCAUGAUGGACUCAUUCUUAGCUGCAGCUAAUGACCUUGAUAAGUUGCUUGAUGAAUUCGAGCAGAAUGAAGAACAAGAAGAAGCAGAUCAUUUGUACAUUAAUCACAAAGAGGUGGCAGAGGUUUCAUUACACAAGGUAUCAGUUGGACAUCCAUCUGCACACAUAGCCAACCAGAAGUCAUCACAAACAUCCUGCCAACCCUCUAAACCAGACACAGAAUUCAUCCUUGAUUUGUCAGAGGCCGAUUUUGGGCCUGCAGCAUUAAACAGCUCACCUAGUUUGAGUUUGUCAUCAGUUUUGAAUAGUAAGGAACGGAUAUCCACUGCUGAAGGAGUGCAAUUAGGCAAACAUAUAUUGAAUCAGGAAUCAAAUUCUCAAACACAAGAUACAGAUCAUCAACACUCAAGAAAUAAUAAUCAAAGGACUGAUAGUAUCCAAAGGACUGUUGUUAAUGGCAAUGAAUCAGUUCAGAAUUUGUCAAUUUCAGGCUCACAUACAACACCAUAUUCACCUCCACAAUACACCUUGAAUCACGUGGAUACCACCAGUAAUUCGCAAUCUACACAUUUGCCCUCAUCUCCACUAAAUGUUUCAAUGUCUAGUACCUCAAAAACAAUUUCAAUCCGACAGAAGACAGACAUUCAAAACGGAGAGCAUGUUCAAGUUGUUUCAAAAUCUCCAAAAAGAAAAGAUUUAAAACCUCUGUUGCCAUCAGAAAUCGAGACUCAGUACACUCCGCUUUCUCAGUUUCCUCUUCCAAAGAAUUCGAUCAGUAAUCUUUCUAAGGCAGAGAUAAGUUUGCCAAAAUUGGUAACAGUAUCAGGAAGUAAGUCACUGUCUAACAGUGGUGUAGUGACCACUAACCAAAACAAUCAAAUGGAACCAAACGCACAAGAGAGUUUGAAGUCAAUGGAGGCAGAUCAAGUGCCUUCUAACAUUACUUCACCUCUGGUAAAUGACUCGAAGAAUCAUAUUUCUGCUGUCAGUAAUCUUGAUGGACCUAAUCAGGGAGGGGUAACAGAUGAUAGAACUGCAAGUGAUAUACCGUUGAAUAACCACGAAUCCAUCCCAAACACAAAGCUUAAGAACAAACUGCCAUUAACAAGGAUCAUAAACAAGGAUGCUGCACCAUUGCCUGCCAACACACCAAAAGAGUUGAAUGUGAACUGCAACUCCAAUUUGCAUGAUGUACCCAGAAUGAACGGACCUGUCCCGCCAAGAAAAGCAGGGUUUGGAAACCUUGGCAACAUAAGUGUCACAGAUGCCGAUUUGGAAGAACUGGGAAGUCUUGAAAACAACCAGUCAAAUAAUAUAAGCAAUCCAAAUGCACCAACAAAUGAAGAUAAAUCAAACGAAGCUGUUGUUGAGGGAACGCAAACAAUGCAACUAACUAAUGAACUUGCUAGUAUGGAUCCAUUCUAUAACCACAAACACACUUACGAAAAUUCAAAUGAUCUCUCAGAUUUGGACAUUCUAUCAAGUGUUAUGCAACCCUCUGUUGAAUUACCAACAAAUAAGCUGUUAGAAACUCAGGACUCGGCAAAAUUGAGGAGUGACACUGCUACUCUAAUAGGGUUUGAGGUUAGUUCAGAGAACAGUGCAGAACCAGAUGAUCAUUUAAAUUCUUUGAAUGUAGCUGACAAUGUAAACAGUGAGUCUAAUAAUAAUACGGGUUCAAUUCACCAAGAUCCAAGGCUCACUCAUGACGUACACAAUGAGAGCAUUCAGAAACAUGAAGCAACAAAUAAUGACUUGCUUUCUACUGACACUCCAGCUCAAAAUAAAUCUGUUGAUCAUACUGUAUCAGGAACUAAUGAAAUUAGUAAUGAUCACAGUCACCCACAAUUACAGGAACCUAAAAAAGCUGCAGAAACAAACAAUACUGAACACAAAGAACUUUCCAUGCAACAUCCACCUCUUAUGAAAGCCAAAGGUCAUCCUGUGACCUCAUAUGGAAGUCUGCCUGUUGACCCGCCAUCUUACCAAGAGGUCAUUAACAGUCGUCAGAAUCAUAGUAGAAAUACAUUAACAUUAAAUUUUGAACAACCAGGUCAACGAAAACCAAGCCCGCAGGCUUUACAACCAAGUCCUAUAAUUGACCGUGGCAGCGAUGCCAUCGCGUCUGAAGAAGCCCGUAAUAAUGAUGCAAUUGGACCAGCAAAUGUAGUACUGGCAACAUCUGCAGUCGAAACCACAACCGCUGACCCUAGCACAGCAACGUUCACCAGGCUUGUGGAUCCCGAAUCUGGUGUGUCUGUCUUGCCGAAUGGAUUUGGAAUGGAAGAUGGCAACAGUGAGUGGCUGGAACAGCUUGUUGGUGAUCUCUCUGAAGAGGAUCUGAGGCUUGGUAACAUUGCUCCUCAGUGGAUACCUGAUGGAGAAGCAUCUUCUUGCAUGAAAUGCAAUUCAAAGUUUACAUUCAGGAAGAGAAGGCAUCACUGUCGAGCCUGUGGGAAGGUAUUUUGUGCACAAUGCUGUAAUGUCAGAGUUCGGUUAAAGUAUAUGGAUCAGAGGGAGGCCAGAGUUUGCUUAAAUUGUCUGAACACCAUUUUAAGAGCUCAAGCUAUUCAAAGAAUGAGGCAGCCAGCUGCAUCACCAGACCCAAGAAAUCCUGCAGAGUACUGCUCUACUGUGCCCCCACACGAGCAGGCUAGGGAGCAAACAACCAGCCCUGUUGCCCCCACAGUCAUGGUACCUGUCUCAAAGUCAUCACUCCGGAGACCUGUCACUGAUGGAAGCCAAAAAUCUAAAGGAAGCAGAAGAGUACACUUUUCUGAUGGUCUUAACCCUGGGGAUGAGUUAGUGGAGGAACCAACGACUUCAGUGUCACGCUCAUCACGCUCUAAAUCAGAGGGUGCCUCAAUUGUAGCUGAGGGUCUGGCUGCCACCAUGUCUGGGGGCAGUAGAAGGCAACCUCUCUCAAGGUCAAGUAAGAAAAGUCUGAUUCCUAAAGAUGGAGUUUCACUUCCGCCUGUUAUCAUAGCAACAGAAACCAAGGGAGAGUAUGUAGUUGAAGAGAACCCCAAAGUUGAAAAAUUAAUGCCAGAAUUACGUAAUGACACUCCGAAUCCAGUUGUAUUUGUACUUAAUAAAAACCUGUUUGUACUUGUUAAGAUCAUUGACCUGAAUUGCUGCGUGAAUAGGACGUGUUGGUGCUUCUCAACUAAAGGCAUGUCAACGGUUGGACAGGAUGAGUUAGUGGUUGUCCUAGAAUGCACACCUGACGAGAAGGUUAUCCCAAGAGAUAUAUUUGUACAUUUCAACAGUAUCUAUCAUGAAGCAGCCAAAGGUAACACUAUUAACGACAUGAGUCACUCGCUGUGUGGUGACAACUUUCUCGGUAGUCGUCAACAUGGCGGAUUUCUCUUCUUAAAGUCAACAUUCCAAUGCCUGCGUAAACUCAUCCUACCGGAACCACCAUAUUUGUUUGGUGUGUUAUUGCAGAAGUGGGAGACACCCUGGGCUAAAGUAUUCCCCCUCCGACUCAUGUUGAGGUUAGGGGCAGAGUUUAGAUAUUAUCCUUGCCCUUUGAUGAGUGUGCGAGGUCGCAAGCCAGUGUACGGGGAAAUCGGACAUACCAUUAUGAAUCUUUUAGCUGAUUUUAAGAAUUAUCAAUACAUGUUACCUCAAAUUCCGGGGAUUACGAUUCAUAUGCAGAAAAAAGAAACCAGGAUAAACUUUCCUAACAGUAAAUACGAUGAGAUCAUGAAAGUGAUUAGUAAUUCGAAUGAGCAUGUGAUGGCAGUGGCGGCCAACUUCAGCACUGAAGCUGACUCUCACUUGGUGUGCAUCCAGAAUGAAAUGGCAAACUAUCAAACGCAAGCCAUCAACAUCCAAAACAAACCGAGGCAAGUUACUGGAGCUAGCUUUGUGGUUUUCAAUGGAGCACUGAAGGCAAGCACAGGCUUAAUAGCCAAAUCCAGCAUAGUGGAAGAUGGAGUGAUGGUGCAGAUUCAGCCCGAUAUGAUGGCCGCGUUCCGACAAAGCCUGAGGGAGAUGAAGGACUUUAGGAUACCGUGUGGACCUGUUGGGGACUCUGAACCAGAGGAAGUUGUCAUUGUGAAGUGGAUAGAAGAAACAAGAAAAGUUAACCAAGGAGUGAAGAGUCCGAUAGAUGGUAGAUCAAUGGAAGGCAUCGACAACAUCCGUAUUCACCAUGGAACCGACUUCAUGGGGAAGACACGUGCCAUCCGUUGGACGGAAGUUUUCUUUCUGGAAUCGAACGAAGCAAUAGUGCAGCAUCUUGAGCCAGUCGAUCUGAGCCGAUUGGCUGAGACCUUGGCAACCUCCUGUUGCGUGGCAUUGGUACAACACCUGGACAGCCUGAAGGAAUCGGGAAUGGCGAAAAUCGCGCUGCGUGUCACAGUGGAUGCUGAACGAGUGGGGUAUGAAGCUGGAUCCAACGGCCAAGCUCUUCCUGCAUCUUAUAUGAACAGUCUCGAUAAUGAAAUGAUACCUGUGCUUCACAAUGCUGUCUCACAGUUUGAAGAUGGCCCCGUCAUCAUGGAACUCAUCUUCCACAUCAUAGACUAAGUCAUUGGAACAAGAGGAAAUAUUAUGAAGGCAACAUUUACACAGGAUGUAUUACAAAAAAGUAUAUUGCAGUUGCUGUUGUGUUCAAUCUAUACCCAGCCAUAUAUUUGAUUAAGUGAAGCAAUCUUAUAAACAGAAGAAGUAUACAGUAUAUAUAUAUAUUUUACUGACUGACUUAAAUUAGCCCAUCCUUAAGGUUAGAUUUGGGGUACGCCCUCACUUAUCACAAAAAUACUGUAUAAAAGAAUAGGCUUUCUACCGGUUUAAUAUCCAUUGUCUAAACAGAAACUUAUUUAUAUAUUUAACAUUUAUCUUUUGAUGGAAAUAUUCUUAAUUAUAAUGCGUAACAUCAAUUCCAAUUAAAUAUAUUUCUAAUUUUUAAAAAAGUAUUCAUUAAAGUAAUAAGAUGAAAUAAUGGAAAUAUUUGUAGAAAGUACUGAUUGUUUUUAUAUACUUAGAUAACAUAUAUUUCUAUAGCUCAGAAUGAACUUGUUAAAUAUUAAACAGUAUAAUAGAUUUGUUGAUUAAUGGUAUAUGUCCCAAUACA